GGAAUCAAUCAAACAUGAUCUCGAAUCAAAAAUGGCUCAGCAUAGAAUCGAAGCACAAAUUGAAGAAGUACAAUACAAUCAAACAGCAGUAAUGUUACUUAUUGAAACCUGCGGUCUAGUACGAGAAAAUACGUCAAGAGCCGUAACAAGUCUAGACAAUAUGGUUAUAUAUUUUAUGAAAACGAAGGGCAGUGAAAACGACACGUCACUAAUGGGUCUAUUACAUCUUGGUGAAUUAUACGAAUCAAUACGUUGGCCCGCUACGUUGGGUUUUCUCACAAUGUUGUUAUUGUUAUGUACUGUGCUUGUAAUAGGUGUAGCAAGACGUUCACGUUGUGCGUUAAUAUUCUUUAGUGUUUCCGGUUUAUUUUGCAUCAUCAUAUGUUGGUUAUUAGCUGGCAUAUAUUUGGCAUCAUCUGUAGCGGCAGGUGACUUUUGUAUGCGUCCUCAUGAGUUUAUGUGCCGUCAAGUAGGCAUGAAGAAUACAAAUACUGUUUUAGCAAGAAAAAUCUAA